CAAUCCCUCGAACAAUUUGCGGAAACGGCGUACCUACCAUGCGCAGCGACAAAGACUGCGAGCCUGAAACCUAUGGGGAAGGAAUAAAAAAAGAAAUUUCGUAUCGUCGCACUCUGAGCUUAAAGACCAGUAUUUUCUGAGGAGCUCGCCGGCCUGGGGUCUCGGUAAAGACACCGAAAUUUAACCGAGGCAAGGCUGGAUUUAGAGUCGGCGUACGGCUAGUGAAUUCGCUGAAGAAGACUGUAGCAGCUGGCAGAUUUUCCGUUGGACCGUCUGUAGGCUAGGGUAGCGAGGGAGCCGCCAUGGCAGUCGGAUCAUUGAGCCUCCACAUCGGGAUAUGAAGUGGAACUGCAUGUGUCCCGAAUCGUUAAGAAAACGCCGCAUUUGUCACCGAUCCGCACCGGAUCAGUAUCUGAACUAACCCUUCUUCAUCUCCGUGAAAUCGAUUCCGCACCCCGAAAGAAAUUACCGCUGGUUUUUAACCGUGGGGCCACAGGGAGAGGCCAGAUUCAUGACUAUUUUAGUCGGAUACGUGUCUUCAAAGGCCCGCUGAAAGAAAUCCUGGAGCACAAGGAGGAAACGAUGCUCUGAUAGACCGUCGGUGGAAAAGAAAAGGGUCAUUUAGUGGCGAUACGAAGUAGUGUGAAGGAUUCCUGGGAUAAGGGGAUCUCUUUCUGGCUGACCUCCCCGUGAAUUACAGUGAUAUUAAUUUACUGUCAUCCCCCCCUCCUUUUUUUUUUAUUAUUUUUUAUUUUUGAUGAGAAGGUUCGGCGAAUCGAUCAGCUCCGCCGUUUAAGCAAGUCACAGUCGAGAGAAUCAAGGGGAUCGUCGGAUCAUGUCGGGUCGGCCCAGGACCACAUCUUUCGCCGAGAGCUGCAAGCCAGUGCCGCAGCCUUCAGCUUUCGGCAGCAUGAAAGUCAGCAGGGACAAAGAUGGCAGCAAGGUAACGACAGUUGUGGCCACCCCAGGCCAAGGCCCCGACCGGCCACAGGAAGUCAGCUACACGGACACCAAGGUCAUCGGCAAUGGCUCUUUUGGCGUCGUCUACCAAGCUAAACUCUGCGACUCUGGAGAGCUGGUGGCCAUCAAGAAGGUCCUGCAAGACAAGAGGUUUAAGAAUCGUGAGCUGCAGAUCAUGAGGAAACUGGACCACUGCAACAUAGUCCGCCUGCGCUACUUCUUCUAUUCCAGUGGAGACAAGAAAGAUGAAGUGUAUCUGAAUUUGGUUCUGGAUUACGUGCCUGAGACCGUCUACAGAGUGGCCAGACACUACAGCCGAGCCAAACAGACUCUGCCUAUGGUUUAUGUGAAGUUGUAUAUGUACCAGCUCUUCAGGAGCCUGGCCUACAUUCACUCGUUUGGUAUCUGCCAUCGGGACAUCAAACCCCAGAAUCUGCUGCUGGAUCCAGAGACGGCUGUUCUCAAGCUCUGUGACUUUGGCAGCGCUAAGCAGCUGGUCCGUGGAGAGCCUAACGUGUCCUACAUCUGCUCUCGCUACUAUCGAGCCCCUGAGCUGAUCUUUGGUGCCACUGACUACACUUCCAGCAUAGAUGUGUGGUCAGCCGGCUGUGUACUGGCAGAGCUGCUCCUGGGACAGCCGAUCUUCCCUGGUGACAGCGGAGUGGACCAGUUGGUGGAAAUCAUCAAGGUUCUCGGCACCCCGACCCGAGAGCAGAUCCGUGAGAUGAACCCCAACUACACUGAAUUCAAAUUCCCCCAGAUCAAGGCACAUCCAUGGACUAAGGUGAGUCAACAGGUGUUCCGACCACGUACGCCUCCGGAGGCCAUUGCCUUGUGCUCCCGCCUGCUGGAGUACACGCCCACGGCCCGCCUGACACCCCUAGAGGCAUGCGCACACUCAUUCUUUGACGAGCUGCGCGACCCCAGCAUCAAACUGCCCAACGGGCGAGAGAAGCCCUCGCUCUUCAACUUCACUACCCAGGAACUAUCUAGUAAUCCUUCUUUGGCCUCCAUACUCAUCCCUGCCCACGCCCGCAGCCAGGCUGCCGCCUCUACCCCAACCAAUGCAUCUGCCACCACAGAUGGCAGCAGCACAGAGCGAGGUCCCACCACCACCACCGCCUCUGCCUCAGCUUCCAACUCCACCUCCUGAGCCCACAGAGCACCUGCCCCGCCCCGGUCUCAGCCCCAGCCCUCAGCCUCUCCAUUGCCCUGGCCAGGGGGUGAGCUCUGCUCAGCUCAGCUCUGCCCUGCUCCUCUUCCCCGGCAGCAGCGGAGCGAUGCUGAAGCAGGCCGGGUUCGACAGCUAACUGACCACAAACCUAGCAUCCCCAGUCUGCCUCUCUUACCCCCAAACCCGGCCUCAACAUAAAGCUGUUUGAACUCUUCUCCAUCCUCCGUCAAAGAUGCCUCUCCGUGCCCUCUCGACAGGGAAGUGAAGCGCAGGGCCGAAGAUGUUAUCGACUGUACUGUUGAUUUAAAAAGUACACUGUACACGUAUACACAAUGCUAGCCUGCUAAGAGGACAAUCUGUAGAAAAGUCCUGAGCUCUCCCCCUUUUUUUGCCCUGUCUCUAUCUGGCCUCCCUCUCCAUUGUUCCAUUUUUCUGCAUCCUUUGACCUCUGACCCCUCCGUCCCCUGGCCAACCCCUCCUCCUCGAAAAAAAA